AAUAUUGCAGAUAGACAAGUUGACACAAUUCAAGGAUGGCCAUGCAAACCUCAGUCAUUUAGUCUGUUGAGAAGUAGAUUUUUCUAACGACAUCAGUCAUUUAGUUGAUAUUGCUUAUUUUUCAAUAGCAUAUGGCUCGUGUUGAUACCUACAGCCUGAACUUUAUGAAAGGAUAAGAAGAACACCGUGACUGGAAAAGGCUCCACUCCCUGCAUGCUGACGCAGGCACAGGUGCGCACCCGCCAAGUUUGUUUUUUUUUUUUAAAACUCUUCAGUCUUCCCCAGUGAAGCCGUUAUGGAGAAAUCGAAAAACUUCAGAAUUGACGCCCUGCUCUCUGAUGAGCCCAACCGGGGGAGUCGAGAUCUGUCCCCGGGUCUGAGCAGCGACAGCCCCGCGGGCAGUCCGGUUUCUUGUCGCCAUGCGGACACUCCUCCUGCACGGGCUUCUCAACUUCAGGCCGGAAUAAUCUCCAAACCGGGUGUUUUAAAUUUCCCACAUCCAGGACUUGCUUCAUUGCCUCAGGGGGCGAUUCCCGGCAUGUAUCCUGCACCCAUGUACCCAUUGUCGGCGUUGGGUGGACAGCACCCCGCGUUCGCAUACACAGGUUUUACGCAGCUAACACAGACCUACCCAGAGCACCUAAAGGCGGCUGCCAUGACGGGAUCACUGCCCCUGGAGCACUGGAUCCGCGCUGGAAUGAUGAUACCUCGAAUGCCAGAUUAUGGUUCGGGGCCUCAGUCUGGUCUUUUGGGGAAGUGCCGGAGGCCCCGCACUGCCUUCACCAGUCAGCAGCUCCUGGAGCUGGAGAACCAGUUCAAACUCAACAAGUACCUGUCCAGACCCAAACGCUUUGAAGUGGCUACCUCACUCAUGCUGACUGAAACACAGGUCAAGAUUUGGUUCCAGAAUCGGAGGAUGAAGUGGAAACGCAGUCGGAAGGCAAAAGAGCAGGCCACCGCCUCAGGCCAGUCUGAGGGGGAGCGACUACGCAGCGGAGGAAAGACAGCCACCAACAAAUCUGAUGAGAACAAACGAGCUGUGUCUUCAAAUGACAGAGGAAUAGAUCUUGACUUGGAGGAUGGUGAAGAAGAGGAAGAGGAGGAGGAGGAAGAAGAAGAGGAGGAAGCACAGCAUGGUUUUCCUGUUGCUAUGGCUAACGGUGUUGGGAUGCCACAAUCCACAGACUUCUUGAAGCGUGGCACCAGCAUUGGCUACAAUCCCCACAGCCCUUUCUCUGAUGACGAGCUGGAGGGGGUGCAAGCAGGAGGAGGUGACAGGAAGAUUGGGGCAGGACUGUGAAAAGACACCCGGGAAACACUGGUUUGCUUUCCUGAGUGUUACAGAGACAUUACAGUGGGGCAUGUCUGUGUUUGUGGUCACCAGAAAGGACCGUUUCCAAGCAUAAAGAUCUUUUCUGAUGUGUUCUGUGAAUGUACUACAAUUAGACAGCUACCAAACACAUACACACAGGUUUAUGAGACAAAUAUACUGUAAAAAGCAUCUGUGUACAAAAUCAUCUCUGAGUACUGUAAAUUUUGUAGCAUGCUGAAAACAUUUGCACCCUGAAUUUGUUGUCACGAGUUUCUGCCUCUCACCUUCUGGUCACCUUUUCUUUGUUCCAUCCAAUGACAGCUUGAGCUUCACCAAGUGAAGACACAUUGCUGCAAGAAAUGGAAGUAAGAUAAGUGAACUGUCGUACAUUCAGAUAGUGGGAGAGUGUAGCUGAAGCCUUCAUUGUCACGGGGACAAUAAAAUUCAAAUAAGCUGUGUGGUGUUGUGAUCACAGGACUACAAGCUUGGAAACGUCUGCUGCUGUGGAUGUUUUCAUUUGUUUGUUUUUUAUGAUGUUUAUGAAUUUAUUCUUGUCACUUAUAUGUAAAUGGAUUUAAUUUAUUUGAAUGAUUGCAAGGAUGAAUCAUACAUGUAUUUAACUGAAACUUGUUUGUGGUGUAACUGUGAAAUAAAAAAGCACUAGAAUU